AUGCCAUCCUCCGACAAGUACACCGACCCCAAGCUUCGGGACCAAAUCAAAGAAGAGGUGAAAGAGUCGGACAAGGGCGGUGCUCCCGGCCAGUGGUCGGCACGCAAGGCGCAGUUCAUGGCGUCCGAGUACAAAAAGCGCGGCGGCGGAUACACGGACGACGGCAACAAGGACGAGUCGCAAAAGAACCUGUCGAAAUGGGGCGACGAGGAGUGGCAAACCAAGGACGGAUCGGGAAAUGCCAAGCAGAAAGAUGGCAGCCGCAAGCGGUACCUGCCCAAGAAGGCAUGGGAGAACAUGUCGGACAAGGAAAAGAAGGAAACUGAUGACCAGAAGCAAAAACAGAGCAAGCAGGGCAAGCAAUUUGUCGCCAAUACGCCCAAGGCUGCUAAGGAGCGCAAGGAAGCUUCCAAUAGCAGCAAGAAGGGCGAUCACGACUGCAACCACGACGAGGAAGAUGAGGAAGAGGAAAGUGAGGGCAAGGGCAAGAAGAGCCAGGCCAAGGCGAAAGCCAACAGUGAGCAGGCCAAUGGAAAGCAGCAGAACGGCACCAAGAACAAGUCGCAAGCCACCGGAAAGAACAAGAAGGGGAACAGCAAGAAGAGUCAGGAGGACGACGAGCAAGACGACCAUGAGGAGAACGCCGAAGAGAACGAGGAUGAGGCCGAGUACGAAGAACAAGAGGCUGAGAACGAUGACGAGGAGGAGCCCCAGACUGGAACCAAGAGAGGCAAGGGCGCCGAGCAAAAGCAGAAGCAGCAAAAGAAGCAAAAGACAAACAAGUGA